GGCAUGACUGGUUCCUGCGACUCUGACAUGAUGACUGUGACCUUUGACCUAUGGGUUGCCCCGUGGCUUGACGGAAACCUCAUGCACUUCGCCGACCCCACCUGUAAGGCCAUCAACAAUGGCUCCCACCUCAUCUUAGCCACUAAACUCAGCGACUGCGGGACGACAAGGAACGAAACAGACGAUUAUGUCAUCUACUCCAACAAGGUCCUCAUGUACUCGUCCAAUCACAGCGUCAUCAUCCGGGACCUUCAGCUCGAGGUCCCAGUCACAUGCAAGCUACCACGCAAGUCCGUCGUUUCCGCCCAGUUUACGGCAGACUCCAAUGCCAUAAAGUACAGCCUUGAGAGAGAGGGGAACUUCGACAUUGAGCUGCAAUUCUACGACAGCUUGUCGUUCUACUACGCGUACACGGGACCGGUGGGGCUACAGCUCAACGAGCUGGCGUACGCGCAGGUGCGGCUGUCGUCUGACGACAAUCUCCGCAUCAUGGUGGACUCGUGUGUGGCCACGCCCUCACGGAACCCGGCCGAUACAGUCAUCUACAGCGUCAUCGAAAACAACUGUCCCAAAGACCCCACCGUGAUGACGUACUACACAUCCUCCCCGAAGGUGGAACGUUUCGGGUUCCGAGCUUUCCAGUUCGCCACCGGACAGAACCAAGUCUUCCUGCACUGCCUUGUUCAGGUCUGUGACGGGUCAGACCCCAACUCGCGGUGCACCCAGGGAUGCAUGAGGCGUGGUGCCAGGGGGAAACGGGAGGCCACGCCUAGCAACCAGCUGCGUCAGGUGUCCGCAGGCCCCAUCUUCCUGCGCAUGCCCGGAGACGAGGACGGCGUCGACUUCUCAGCCAAGAAGAAGUCCUACACGUCCGACGGCUUCGUACAGACCCCGGCACUGACCGUCGCAAUCGCCGCCGCGGUCGGUCUGGCCGUGGUUGUUCUCGGCAUCGCCGCCAUGGCGUUCGUCUACAAGCACCGCCGUGAUAAGAUGGCCUUCCGGUACCAGCCUGUCGAGACUGCGGAGACGUACUAAAGGGCCAGAAACCUUAGUUUCAA